AUAUACAUCCAUACAAAUUGGUAGAUUUUUGGCAACAGGUUUACAGUUUGUUUCAGUCUCAUUCUUAACAAUCGUGAUAAAACACUAAAAAAAGACACAGUUCUUAUCAACUAUCUCUCGACUUCAUUUGCAUGGCCUGUACGUUUUUAAAAUUGCUUGGACAAGUGGUAAGGUUGAAUCUGAUUGGCAAAACAGCAAGACAACUCAGGUGGGAGGGACUGGGCUUCAAAGACAGUCUCAAAAUACACAUACUGUAAAAAAGCCAAUUAAUUAAAUGUUGGAAUGUUGAAGCAAUAUUAUUAGACAAAUUAUUUUAAGUUAGCAUAAAUAUAUUUUAAAAACAUUUUUAAAUCCAGGCGAAUGUUGGCUGAACAAAUCUAGUCCACAUAUGGACUUCAGACAGCUAUACUGUAUAUUUAAUGCGUUGCGCAGUAAAAUGCCCUUAAUAUUGUUAUUUGGUCAUGAAAUGUAUAGUUUUAUGAGAUGUUCAGGGGAGAAUGUAUCUCUUUUAAGUUCAAAUAUGCAGUCAGUUAAUUAAGAUAGCGUACUGGUACCCCGCCCAACACAGCCUCACCUCGGACACGCGUGCUUCUGAAAUUUAUCGCUGGAUAUGAUGUCUCUGAGGCGUUUGAACAUAUGAUUUAAUUAAUUUUGGCUAUAUCUAAAGGGCAAUCUUUUGCCUAAUAAAUCUAGGGCAAAUCGUUUUGAAUGAGGGCAAAGUUAAGUUUCAUAACUUGUAUUUGUUCUUUACCUUUAGUCUGAAGGAGCGGAUGGAUAAAUAGUCCACAAUACACCACAAUUGAAAUAAACCUUCUGAAUAUAUAUAUUUAGGAGAACAUAUAUGUGUAUGUGGUACGUUUGUGAGAGUCUAAAUGGUAUUGAAUUUAGAUGUCUUGAGUCAGAUUCACUGCUCAGGAUCAAUCCGCACACAACUGCCGGAGUCACUUUCCGCCGGUUUCUCACGUCAGGCAGUUGUUUUCUUAAAUUGACGUCAGGAUGUUGUUGGCUUCAGUCCUCGCGCUCUGUACGAGUGUAGCGUUUGCUGCACCAACUUUAGACCAGCAGUUAGAUGACCACUGGCACCUAUGGAAGAGCUGGCAUGGCAAAAAUUACCAUGAGAAAGAAGAGGGCUGGAGGAGAAUGGUGUGGGAGAAGAACUUUAGAAAAGUUGAGCUUCACAAUCUCGAGCAUUCUAUGGGCAAACACGCUUUCAGACUAGGCAUGAACCAGUUUGGGGACAUGACAAAUGAGGAGUUCAGACUGGCAGUAAAUGGUUAUAAGCAGAACCCCAGACGGAAAUCGCAGGGCUCACUGUUCAUGGAGCCCAGCUUCUUCGAAGCACCUCAACAGGUUGACUGGAGAGAGAAGGGCUAUGUGACUCCUGUUAAAGACCAGGGAAGGUGUGGCUCUUGCUGGGCCUUCAGCUCUACGGGGGCCUUAGAGGGCCAGCUGUUCCGUAAAACGGGUAAACUGGUGUCUUUGAGCGAGCAGAACUUUAUGGACUGUUCUUGGCCAGAGGGAAAUCAUGGCUGCGAUGGUGGCCUCAUGGACCAGGCCUUCCAGUAUGUUCAGGACAACAAUGGGCUGGAUUCCGAGGAGUACUAUCCCUACCUUGCAAAAGAUAAUCAACCAUGCCGCUAUGACCCCAGAUACAAUGCUGCUAAUGACACUGGUUUUGUGGAUAUUCCCAGUGGUAAAGAACAUGCUCUGAUGAAGGCUGUUGCUUCUGUGGGUCCAGUUGCUGUUGCUAUUGAUGCUGGUCAUCAAUCAUUUCAGUUCUAUCAGUCUGGUAUCUAUUAUGAGAAAGAGUGCAGCACUGAAGAGCUCGAUCAUGGAGUGUUGGUAGUUGGUUAUGGAUAUGAGGGUGAAGAUGUUGUCGGGAAAAGAUAUUGGAUUGUCAAGAACAGCUGGACUGAGAAGUGGGGAAACAAAGGCUACAUCUACAUUGCUAAAGAUCGAAAGAACCACUGUGGAAUUGCAUCAGCAGCCAGCUAUCCUCUCAUGUAAUGCCACCGGACUGUUCUCUGCAUUCUGGAUGUCACAAGACUGACCGUCCUACUUUUUGUUUUAUUUUUUUCUAGGCGUUUUAAUUUUGUUUUUAGAUUGCCAUUUUUAGUUUCACACUGUAUAUGCUAUCAGUUUUUGCUUUGAAAAGUCUUUUUCGAAGCACUUUAGACUGGCAUACUGCCUUCUAUAUUUGUAGCCGGUAUAUUUCUAUCAAGGUUUUGAAAAUUCUUGUAAACGGUCAGAUUAGUCGUUACAUUUUCACUGAAAAGUGAAAACUAUUUUGUUAGAAGGUUUUAACAUUUUUGUUGUAUUACAGGUCUAAUGUAAGAACAAUGUUCACAAAAAUGGUCUGAGCUUUUUGACUUGUAACUAUUAAAAAUAUUUAAACUUA